UGUGUUUAACCGGUUCCAACAUCAUCACGAAAGCGCGCGAAAUCAUCGAACGAGUGGGUCGACCACUGGAACUGGACACCGAUGGUAUCUGGUGCAUUCUACCUGCCUCCUUCCCACAGGAAGUCACUUUCCACACGAAGCACGCAAAGAAAAAGUCGAUCAACGUGUCCUACCCGAACGCCGUGCUCAACACGAUGGUCAAGGAUCACUUCACCAACGAUCAGUACCACGUUCUCGAGCGUCCCGCCGCACCCAGCGAGGGCCGAGAGGAAGCCGAGUACUCGGUUCGCAAAGAGAAUUCCAUCUUUUUCGAGGUAGACGGACCCUACCUGGCGAUGGUGCUGCCUGCGGCCAAGGAGGAGGGAAAACGUUUGAAGAAACGUUACGCCGUCUUCAACUUUGACGGAUCGUUGGCCGAACUGAAGGGAUUCGAAGUGAAACGGCGCGGUGAGCUGCAGCUGAUCAAGAUCUUUCAAUCCUCCGUAUUCGAGGCGUUCCUGCAAGGGUCAACGUUGGAGCAGUGCUACGCCGCGGUCGCGAAGAUUGCCGACUACUGGCUCGAUGUGCUGUACAGCAAGGGUCACAACAUGCCGGACAGUGAGCUGUUUGAGUUGAUCUCCGAGAACCGGUCGAUGUCGCGCAAGCUCGAAGAUUAUGGGCAGCAAAAGUCGACCUCCAUCUCAACUGCCAAACGGUUGGCCGAGUUUCUGGGUGAUCAGAUGGUGAAGGAUGCGGGGCUGGCCUGUAAGUUUGUGAUUUCGCGCAAACCGGAAGGAGCUCCGGUGACCGAGCGUGCCAUCCCGCUGGCAAUCUUCCAAUCGGAACCGAGCGUACGGCGUCACUAUCUGCGCCGCUGGCUCAAGGACAGUACGAUGGGUGAUGCCGAUAUACGGGAUGUGCUGGACUGGGGCUACUACAUCGAGCGGUUGGGUGGUACGAUCCAGAAGAUCAUCACCAUCCCGGCGGCCCUCCAGGGGCUGAACAAUCCCGUACCGCGUGUACAGCAUCCGGACUGGUUGCACCGGAAGAUGCUCGAGAAGAACGAUACGCUGAAGCAACGGCGCAUAAGCGAGAUGUUUACGACGAGGGUAGAAAAGCCGGCCCCUGCACAGGCGGCACUGACCGAUGUCGAGGAUCUAGUGCAGAGUCAAUCGAACGGUGGUAAACGGCAGCGUGAACGUUCUGUGGAAGUACCGGCCGCACCCGAACCGAAAACAUGGCGCGAAGCACUAGGUGAACCCCCAUCACGGGGCAACACGCGCGAAGAGCUGAUCGAGUGGAUACGCUUCCACAAACGGAAGUGGCGCUGGCAGCUAGAGUACCGUGAUCGCCAUUACCGGGAAGAUCGGCGUGGAAGUAAGCGCAUGCGAAGGGAUGAUGGGGCCAGUACGUCCCUAGCGGCCCUUACACUGGCCCCCGCUGGCAGAGCUACCACACUCGGUGGCUUUCUGCGCAAAACGCAACGAUCGUUAAUCGAGCAAACCUGGCAGAUCGUACAGGUGCUACCGGUGGACGAUCUGGGCCACUUCACCGUUUGGGCGGUGGUCGGAGAGGAGCUACACAAAGUGCGCCUUUCCGUGCCCCGCAUUUUCUACGUUAACCAACGUACGCCGGUCCCAUCGGAAACUACCGAGGCGGAUGCUGGGAACAGAUCGAUGUGGAAAAAGGUACACCGUGUGCUGCCCCGUGCCCGACCCGUCUACCAUCUCUACCAGUACGUCGUGCCGGAGCAGGUGUUUCGCGAUAAUCGGCUGGGACUGUUGGCGGAUCUGGCAACGCCCGAUAUCGAGGGUAUCUACGAGACACAGAUGACCCUCGAGUUUCGUGCGCUGCUCGAACUCGGCUGUCUCUGUGGAGUGCAGCGAUCGGAAGCCCGUGCGCUGGCCGCACUCGCGACGAAAGAUCUCGAUUCCUUCACCAUCCAGCAGCUCGAGAUGCGAUCGCUUACCUCCGGGGUGACCUAUCUCAAGGGAGCAUUUACGGCAGCUCCUGGUUCCGGUAUAAGUCUUCGAAAGGUCUUUCUCUAUCAGCACAUCUCACCGACGGGUAAACGGGAAAUGUGGGGACUGUUUUCACCGGCCAACCGGAAAGCGCUCGUCAUCGUACUGGACACGGUACGCACGAAUCAACUCCCGACCGUACGGAACCUGUACACUUCCGAACGGAUCGCGCUGCUAACGGCGGGCACCAACGCUACCGAGGACACGCUACCACCAGUAGACAUGACGUUCGAAGUGUUCAUGGAGAUCAAUGCCAAGCAGGUGUACCAGCGCAUUACCCGUGCACUGACGGCGUAUCGGGAUGAAAAGCGUGGCCCAACCCUACUGUGUCUGCAGACAGCAGUCGGUGUGCAGAAGCUGAACCAGCUGCUUCCGGUGUGUCUGGAGUUUCCCGAGAUACCGAUACACAUCGCGGACGAUGCGGCCCUCCUAUCGGGGCUCGACUGGCAGCGGCAUGGUGCUCGGUCCAUGAUACGUCACUUCCUCAACCUGAACCGUGUGCUGGACAUGAUGUUGGAACAGUGCCGUUACUUCCAGCUACCGCUCGGUAACAUGCCCUCCGAUACGGUGCUCUUCGGAGCGGAUCUAUUCUACGGACGGCUUCUGCUGCGGAACAACUUUGUCCUCUGGUGUUCGUCCGGUGGUCGGCCAGAUUUGGGUGGCCGAGAGGCGGACGAUGGUCGGCUGUUGGCCGAGUUCGAGGAUAGUAUUUCGAUCGUCCAGAAUCGGGCGGGCCUUUACCGGACGGUUUGCGUGGAGCUGACGGUGGAAAGUUUGGCCGUGUCCGCACUGCUACAGGCGAGCAAAGUGCAGGAACUCGAGGGUACUUCGUCGGCGAUUACUUUCGACACGGUGCCACAAGCGUCACUGGAGGAGCUGAUCACUGCCGUCGGUGGUCAACCGCUUUCGAGCUACGACGAAACGGCACUCUGCAGCCAAGCGUUCCGUGUCAUGCGCUCGCUGGUGAACGCUUGGUUACGGGAGGUGUCCAUCAAUCGCAACGUGUUUGCGGACUUCCAGAUCGUACACUUCUACCGCUGGGUACGAUCGAGCCGUGCGUUACUGUACGAUCCGGCACUCCGGCGUGCCCUCAACACGCUGAUGCGCAAGCUGUUCCUCCAGAUAGUGGCCGAGUUUCAACGGAUGAAAGCGGACAUCAUCUACGCGGACUUCAAUCGCAUCAUCAUUGACACCGGCAAGCGGUCCGUGGUCGAUGCGAUCGGUUACACGGACUAUGUGGUGCAGAACAUACGCAGCCGUGAGCUGUUCCACAGCGUUUCACUGUCCUUCCAGCAGGCCUGGGAGUUUCUGCUGUGGAUCGAUCCUACGAAUUACGGUGGCGUCAAGGCCAACCUGCCGAAGGAAGCUACCAGCGAGUCAGCGGAACAGCCGGCCACGGAAGAGCAGGAGCAAGACGAGGAAGAGCUGGCGCUCGAGAUGAACUGGAGCUUGUCCGAGCAGCUCCCGGAGGCACGCCGAUGUCGGGAGAAUUUUGAAAACUUUGUCGUGUCCUUCCUGCAGGCCAUGGCCGAAGGCGCCUCACCGGCUGCCGGACUGAAACGGUUGGCGAACGCCGCGUACGCUAUGGUGCAGAAGAUGCACGAAGGAUACGCACGUGGAGCCGAUGGGCCAGCGCUUGAGUUUGUGAAAGCGAUCACGCGGGCACUGCAGGUCACCAAGGAUACCGAUGAGGAGCUGACGGGUAUGCGGCGUAACAUGCUGCGCCUGAUCGGAGUAGGCGAGUUUAGCGAGAAAGCGCACUGGAGGGAGGCCGUCAAAUCAUACGUGCUGCCCGAGGUCAUCUGCCAGGCGUGCAACCAUUGCCGCGAUCUGGACCUCUGCAAGGAUACGCACCGUGCGCUUAAGGAUGGGCAGCAGCCGGUGUGGCUCUGUGCCCAGUGUAACGUCGAUUAUGAUAACGUGGAAAUCGAGAUGCGGCUGCUGGAUGUGGUGCAGCGUAAGCUUAUGUCCUACACGCUACAGGAUCAACGCUGCGUUAAAUGUAAGCAGAUUAAGCGCGAAAAUCUGGCCAAACACUGCUCCUGCACCGGAGCUUACGAGAACCUUAUUUCGGCCGCCGACUUGCGCCGGUUGCUGAAAACUUUUCAAGCGCUUGCCAGCGAAUACCGAAUGCCGAUUCUGGAGGAGACUGUCCAGCACGUGCUGCAAACGCAGGUUGCGUGAUCCCAGCUAUCGAUCAGAGUGAAGUUCGGG